AUGGAUGAUUUCAUUAAAGGUGUUCUUAUGAAUGAGGAAAUCCUUAAUUCUCGAAUCUACUGGGAAUCUCCGAGUCCAACCGAAUACGCUCUACCUAUAACAUCUUGGAAAGUCUACUACAAGCUAUCUCGCGAUAUUUUUCAAAGACAAGCUUUCCCCCUUUCCCUGGAUUUGCAUCCAUUUUUUAAAGAUUACAAUUGCCUCUCGGUUCUCAAAAGCACUUAUAAACAUAAAACGGCUCUCUUUUCGAAAGGAUCUUCUCUCCAAAACGAUUCCAUCAUUGGUCAAAAUACAUUCCUUGGAAGAAACGUCUCUCUAACUCGAACUAUUAUUGGAGACAGCUGUAAAGUGGGAAACGAAGUCAUUGUCGAAAAUUGUUACCUUUUUUCCGGAGUAACAAUUGGCGAUAAUGCUUCAUUAAAAAAUUGUCUAAUCCUUCCAAACUCAAUUUUAGAUGAUAGCGUGAUUUUGGAUGGAUGCAUUUUAGCCGCUGGAAUUAAACUUUCCAAAAGCAUGUAUAGCGGCAAAAUUUUGCAGAAAAAAGAUGGCAGGAUCGUAGCUGAGGAUAUAUUUGACCCAGAUUAUCUCGAAUCAGGGGAGGUUUUCUUAUUUUUCAAUGAGAGGGAAACCCCGAAAGAAGAGGACGAUUCCAAAGUCAUGGACAGUCUUUCUAGAGGAUAUCAGGAAAAAUUAAACUGCGAAAAUUUGAUUUUGGAAAUCAAUUCCUCGAGAUAUGCAUAUAAUAUGGGAAUUCGAGAAGUUACUUACAAUGUACUGAAAGCGAUUUUGGGAUUGCCGGUAUAUUAUUUCAAGAGCAAUGACAGUCCGAUGACUGAUGAGAUUUACAUGAAGACUUUGAAGGGGAUGUUGGCAUAUUUUAAAAAGAUUAUUAUAAAUUAUAUGAAGACGGAAGAAGCUCAGGAUGAUUGCUUGAGAGCUAUCGAGGAUGUUGCUAGCACCACGAAAGCAAUAUUUCCUUUUAUUCGUUAUUUGGUGCACUAUUUAUAUGACAUUGACGUUCUUUCUGAGGAGAAGAUAAUGGAUUGGUAA